CAUUUUGGUAUCUUCAGCUUUGCAGCUGCUGUCUCUCUCCGUUGUCUGGGAAGAAAACUUUAACAUUAAGAGUUGCUGAUGUAGAUUUUUUUUCUCCCUCCGAGUUGACGAGGGGUUGGGCCCUGACAGAAGUUAUUUGGCUCUAAGCUUUGUAGUUUGGAAGAACUCGGUCUAUAGAUUUUCGCCUAACUUUCAAUUGAUGUGUUUAGCUUCACUGGGAGUAAUACAAUCACUUAAACCAUGUUGUCGUCUCAAGGAGUUUUGCUACAUCCCUACGGCGUGCCCAUGAUUGUGCCUGCGGCACCGUACUUCACGGGACUUGUUCAGGGUAAUCAGGAAGCUACAGCAGCUCCUGACACAAUGGCACAGCCUUAUGCCUCCGCCCAGUUUGCUCCCCCUCAGAAUGGCAUCCCUGCAGAGUAUACGGCUCCCCAUCCUCAUCCCGCUCCAGAGUACACAGGCCAGACUACAGUCCCAGAGCACACGUUAAACAUGUACCCUCCAGCGCAGACGCAUUCUGAACAGAGUGCCACGGACACGAGUGCGCAGACUGUCUCCGGCACAGCCACACAGACAGAUGAUGCAGCACAGACUGACGGCCAGCCUCAGACACAACCUUCUGAAAACACAGAAAACAAAUCACAGCCCAAGCGGCUGCAUGUCUCAAAUAUCCCCUUCAGAUUCCGGGAUCCGGACCUCAGACAAAUGUUUGGGCAAUUUGGUAAAAUCUUAGAUGUUGAAAUAAUUUUUAAUGAGCGAGGCUCAAAGGGAUUUGGUUUCGUAACUUUCGAAAAUAGUGCCGAUGCGGACAGGGCGAGGGAGAAAUUACACGGCACCGUGGUAGAGGGCCGUAAAAUCGAGGUAAAUAAUGCUACAGCACGUGUAAUGACAAAUAAAAAGACAGUCAACCCUUAUACAAAUGGCUGGAAAUUGAAUCCAGUUGUGGGUGCAGUGUAUAGUCCCGAAUUCUAUGCAGGCACGGUGCUGUUGUGCCAGGCAAACCAGGAGGGAUCUUCUGUGUACAGUGCCCCCAGUUCACUAGUAUACACUUCCACAAUGCCUGGGUUCCCUUAUCCAGCCGCCACUGCAGCUGCUGCUUACAGAGGAGCCCACCUCAGAGGCCGUGGCCGUACCGUCUACAACACCUUUAGGGCAGCGGCUCCUCCGCCCCCAAUCCCAGCCUACGGAGGAGUAGUGUAUCAAGAGCCUGUGUAUGGCAAUAAGUUACUGCAGGGUGGUUAUGCUGCCUACCGGUAUGCCCAACCCGCCACCGCCACUGCGGCUGCCUACAGUGACAGAAAUCAAUUCGUCUUCGUUGCAGCAGAUGAAAUUUCUUGUAACACCUCUGCAGUUACGGACGAGUUUAUGCUGCCGACCCCUACCACCACACACUUGCUCCAGCCCCCACCUACGGCGUUGGUGCCAUGAAUGCUUUUGCACCCUUGACUGAUGCCAAGACUAGGAGCCAUGCUGAUGAUGUGGGUCUCGUUCUUUCUUCAUUACAGGCUAGUAUAUACCGAGGGGGAUACAGCCGUUUUGCUCCAUACUAAAUGACAAAACCAUAAAAACCUUCCAAUGUGGGGAGAAAGGAAGCUUUCCGAGGCCCGGGUAUUGCAAUACAUGCAGUAGUGCAUCAUUUUAGCAACUCUAAAAAGAGGAAAAAAAAUUACAAUUUUUAUCUUAUACCUCAGAUAUUUUGUUCUGUGUAUUUUAAUAUUGUGGGUCUUUAAUUUCUGAAGGUUCCGUAGUUUGAUUGCUGGCUGUAGAAGUUUUUGUGGUUGAUCUAGAAAGCUGCUAGAUAUGAAUAAAAACUGUUUUAGGGCCACAAUCAAGAGUGCUAUAUCAUGUAAAUGAAUUAUAUAUGCUGAAUAUUAAGCUAUUGGGAUUAUCACAUGUUUUGUAAGAGUGUAAGUGACUACAGUAGUCAUUUUUUCUGCAUCUACAUUUAUUUUAGUUUAUGAAAAGGGAGGGGUGGGAGGGAAACAGGGAUAAAGGGACUGGGGGAGGGGGUUGGCUAAAAAAAAGUAAUUAAAUUGAUGAAGUUAAAACGGGCCCCACUGCACCAACUAUCAUUUAUCAACUGUCGUAAAUUAUUCACUUGUUUGUUCCAAGCCAAAGGUUAUGUUGUUAUAGGGGGUGCUUCUAGAGACACUUGUACAUACAAUCUGAUUAAAGCUGUCCAAGCCCACCCUUUUAAACCAUUCCACCAGGCAGUAUUCAGCUAUUUAACCAUAACUAGUUAUUUAGGCAAAAACUGCUAGUUAGGCCAUUAAUAAGCAUUCUUUUUAUAUUUCUUCCAGUAUAAUAAAUUAUUGAUAUCAUUGCUGACUUUUAUAUUAUGGGAGGGAAAAAAACAUUAAUAAAAAGGUGAUAAAAGCACUGUUUCUAUUUUUUUCUUUUUUUCCAAAAAAGAAAGUAAUAAAAACUUAAAUUCUUUGUACCAGUAAAAAAAAAUGUAUAAAAUUUACAUCUGUGCAGUGGAGUUGUUAAGUUCUAGAAACACAGCCUAUGAAGCUUUAGAUUUAGCCUAGUAGAACAACUGUUAGAGACAGACGUAUCAUUUUUAUGGAAUUACAUGAUAAUCAUAUUCAAAUUUAUAUAAGCAUUUUACAAGUAUUGCAAUCAUUGAGUAGAGAUAAUCAUGGUAUUUUCAUCAGCUUGGUACUUUUUGAAACAUGACUGUGUCGUGUAAACAAUCUGCAAUUUUUCAAUCCGUGACAACCUGUCCCCUCCCUUCUGUACCCCACCCACCCACAAAAAAAAAAUUUCCAAACCAACACCUUUUUAGUUCAUUGUCAGGCCCAGGACAAAUUUCAAAUGGGAGCAAAAGUAGGGCCAUCUUCUCCUUCUAGAGCAUCAUGCACGAAAGUGACACACACCUGAGUUGCUUGGAAGCUCAUCUACUUAACCUGGGGAAGGGGCCAAGGUGGCAGAUUCAAACACAGUUGAAAAACUUGCAGUUUGUCUGUGCAUAUGUUUGGACUCUUUCCAUGUUGUCCUGUUUACAAGUUAUCCUGAGUUGGGGUGUUUGUCACGGGUCUUCCUGUUUUUUGUAUUUAAAUAAAUAAAGCAGGAAACUGUCUCACUGCAGUUUUGCUGCUAAUAGUUAUAUUCUCAUGUGUACUAGUGCAUGCCCCAGGGCAUGCACUUUACUAAGUUAUCAACUCACCGCUGUGAACCUGCCAACUUGCUAUAACAACUCUGCUUUAACAAAAAACAAAAAACAAAAAAAACAAAAACAAAACAAAAAAAAGUGUUUGUGAUCCAGCUUCCUCUUGUCAUCGUAUGUGCAUGCAGUAUGAUCAGUUGGACAAUAAACCAUCAAUAAAGUUUCACAAGAUUUGAAAACAAAGUUUCUGUAGCAUUGAUAUCUAAGACUGAAAAUAAACUAUCUCAAAAAGAAAAAAAAUGUUAAUGAACAAAAAAGGGUACAUGACGUUAAUUUUCACUGGUUGGGGAAUGUUAUAGAACUAAUAUGACAAGCCCAUUCCUCUACCUGUAAAACCAAAUGUGUGAAAAGACAACUGGCCUGGAUAAUAUUUUUAAGGAAAUCAAAUUUAUCAAAAUGCUAAGGCAUCCCAAUUGGGACAAUAAAAUGAGGAAUUUUUUUUUCCUAAGCUUCAAAUGAAAAAUGUGGAAUUGCCAUCUUUUUUUUUUGGAAUUACACACAUAAAAUUAUAAAUAUGUUGGUAAUAGCCAAAUUUAUUUGCAAUUUUGAUUUCCACUGAUGAGAUGCACUUCCCCCCCCAUGAUUUAAGUAGUUUUAAUAAAAUUAUUUAAAAGAUGUGGGUGCCAACCAAUGAUGCAGAAUAUUUUGUUUAGAAAGCUCCUACAAGACUCCAAUAAGUCAUUUUAAAAUGUAUGUCUGAGAUGUAAGAAAAAAGGUUUUUUUUUUUUACAGUAUAUAUUGGGAAUGUUUUCACUUAUAUAAAUAACUACUGAUAUUAUGAAUUAUGGGAAAAAAUUAAUACCAUGUGUGGCAUAUAGUGACUUCUAAACAACAAAAAAAUCUGCAAACCCAGAAAAUGUGUAUAUCUGUCUUUAGAAAUUAGUGUUUAUAUCACUACAGUGGUUUGUGAAUAAAGAAAACUGGUUUGUAAUAUUAAAAAUAAAAGCUUAGUCUGAAAAGGUA